AAUAUGCGGGUUCUUCGGAGUAGCAAGCCACGCUCCUUCAAUUCCUCAAAGUCCCGCGAAUCAAGUGUCAACAAACAGCGUCCGUUCAAAAUGCAGCUUCCUGACCUGAAAAAUAUGCGGGUUCUUCGGAGCAGCAAGCCAGGCUCCUUCAAUUCCUCAAACUCCCGCGAAUCAAGUGUCAACAAACAGCGUCCGUUCAAAAUGCCGCUUCCUGACCUGAAAAAUAUGCGGGUUCUUCGGAGCAGCAAGCCCCUCCUAUCGCCACGCUCCUUCAAUUCCUCAAACCCCCGCAAAUCAAAUGUCAACAGACAGCGUCCGUUCAAAAUGCAGCUGCCCAACCUGAAAAAUAUGCGGGUUCUUCGGAGCAGCAAGCCACGCUCCUUCAAUUCCUCAAAGUCCUGCGAAUCAAGUGUCAACAAACAGCGUCCGUUCAAAAUGCAGCUUCCUGACCUGACAGAGGCACUUCAUGAUAUCCUCAACAGGAAUAAAACAGCAUACAACCAGGUUAUUGAGCGGUACAUUUCCCUGGCACACGGACUUCCUCCUCCACUAGAUGAAUGUCCCUACCUGUCCCCACACAACAGCAAAAACAAACCAAGUUCAUCUCCCUUAUACCCCCAGAAGAGCCUUUCCAGGACAGGUGCAACCAUAAAAACCAGCACUGUCUCCCCAGCGAUCUCAUUAAGGCAAGAUUCAUCUUAUGUUGAGGAUGACCUUGUUAGAGAGGUGGAGGAAUCACUGCAGAGGAGGAAACAACAGCUUGGGUUAAGUGAUGACUUUAUAUGUGAGGAGAUAGAAGAUGAUGAGGUUGAUGAGGAUGACCCCACCUGGGAUGGCUCUCAUUACCAUGCCAGGGUGAAUUUACCCACCAGAUUGCUUAAAAAGAGAAAACUUUCUGAUAAUCUUAUUACAAACACAGUGGGGUCAUCUGAUGAAAACAAGUCUCGAAAGAAAGCAAUAGCACCUGUGGAUGAAGUAAGCCUUUCCCAAAACAAAACUGCUGAUUUGAGGCAGCUUUCUGUGCAGGACAGGCUUUCAGAUGUGAGCAACUUACCAAGAAGAAGAGGUAGACCUCCCAAAAGAAAGUCAGUGCUGGAGGUGAAUGAUGAGAGUAAUAUAUCAAAGAAAAGAUGUAGAUUGCCCAAACAAAAAUCAGUGCAGAAGGUGAGCGAUGAGGGUGAUACAUCAAGGAAGAGAGGUAGACAGCCCAAAGCAAAAGUGGUGGCAGAGAGUCAAAAAAAUCCGAAGCAGAACAACCCAAGGAAUGAACCCAAACGGAGAGGCAGGCCACCCAAGAAGAAUACUACAUUGAGUGUGAACCCCACCAAGGGCAAAACUUCAAACACAAGGUCACCAGAUGAAAACAAAGAACCCAAACGGAGAGGCAGGCCACUCAAGAAAAAUACAACAUUGAGUGUGAACCCCACCAAGGACAAAACUUCAAACACAAGGUCACCAGAUGAAAACAAAGAACCCAAACGGAGAGGCAGGCCGCCCAAGAAGAAUACAACAUUGAGUGUGAACCCCACCAAGGACAAAACUUCAAACACAAGGUCACCAGAUGAAAACAAAGAACCCAAACGGAGAGGCAGGCCGCCCAAGAAGAAUACAACAUUGAGUGUGAACCCCACCAAGGACAAAACUUCAAACACAAGGUCACCAGAUGAAAACAAAGAACCCAAACGGAGAGGCAGGCCACUCAAGAAAAAUACUACAUUGAGUGUGAACCCCACCAAGGACAAAACUUCAAACACAAGGUCACCAGAUGAAAACAAAGAACCCAAACGGAGAGGCAGGCCACUCAAGAAGAAUACAACAUUGAGUGUGAACCCCACCAAGGACAAAACUUCAAACACAAGGUCACCUGAUGAAAACAAUGUGCCACAAAAGAGAGGCAGACCAUUGAAACAGAAAGCAACAGGGAUUCUUAAGAUCCACACUCAAGACUGUAGUGUAGUGCUGAGAAGGCUUGGUGGGGGCAGGGAGGCCAUCCAGUCUAUAAAUAAAACAAAUGAAACCAGGAUAGUGUGCAGUAUUAGAGGUGCAGAAGAGGAGGAGCAAAGACCUGAAGACAGCAGUGAUGGUAUUGUGAAGCUGGUGCAGGAGGCAGUGGGAGGGACUGCUGAAAAACAGCAGACAGUGGAUAAGAAAGCAAGGAGUAGCACAAGAACUGAAUCCUCACUCCAUCAUAAGGCGAUGCAACAGUCUGAGUCAACUGUUGAACAUCCUACAGUGAAAAAGAUGGGACAGAAUAACAGCCGAAAAAGGGAGCACAGCUCAAACGCAGUCAAGUCACCGAAGAGACAAAGGAAUGAGUCAAGCGUGCCCGCCAAGGCUUCUGUUGCAACACACCUGGCCAUAGAUGCCAUGUUGUCACCUGGGCAGAAUAGCGGCAUUGUUCCCAGCAGUGAAGGCAAUGUGCUGAAGAGAUUACAUGUUGAUCCAGAUGCAGGAACAGAUAAAGUUACAGGUCAGUUUAUGCGGCAUGAACCUCCAAACACCGGUGAAUCACCAAGUAAGCCAAAAAAAGCACGUGACCUAGAAGUCUCUGACAGAAGUCUUUCUUCCGAUGGGUCAGAGUCAGAGUCACAGGAUGAAGACGGAUGGCUUACUGAUAGUGAUGAAGAUGACAUGAUUUCAGAAUUUAGUGCAACCCAGAAAAAGAAGAGCUCCCUCCAUCGGACACGAGAAGGGCUGAAAAGAAGGAAUUACAGACCAAAGCAGAGAGAGUCAGUGAGCAAAGUUAUAUUCGAUAGUGACGAUGACAUCCUUAUUAUGGAACCGCUCAAGCCUGUGCCCAUGUCAGAAGACAAGAAAGACAACACAAAUUCUGUAAAACAUGGAUCACCACAUAUUUCCCUGAAUACCCAAAGAGCCAUUAGGAGAACUGCAGAUGGACACCAGCGAAGCCUGACCACUAGCAGUUCCUACAUCCAAGGCCUCAUCAAUAACUCCAUCAUGAAGAAUGUUCCAGAGAUGAUGACUUCGGCCUCAACCAGGGUACCAGUGGACGGUCAAACGGAGGAGGAACCUGACCCUGAGGACAUGUGGGAUCUCCUGCCAGCCCUCCCCCAGUGGUCCUCCAGCUCCCUUGCCGCAAGGGCUGCCAAGACCAGCCUGCAAGAAUCUGGCAUAAUGGAGACUGCAGCCACUGCUCCAGAGAGGCCAACAACUGUCACCAGCACCAACAUUAGUGGUGCAGUCAUCACAUCAAAGGCCUCCAAGGUAAUGAGGAGCUUUUGGAUAGAAAGUGAAGAAGAGGAAGAGGAUAAAGACACAGAAGACACAGAGUCACUCUUCAUGCCCACACUCCCCGUGGCCUCACAGCUGAUCCAAGAGAGCACCGUGCUUUCCAGCUACAGCUCCCAUGGCCCCGAGCACUGGAUGUCAGUAGCUAGAGCUAUGCAGAAGCGAAAAAAGGAAAUCUGUCAUCACUACUCCGUCCUGGUCCCAGAAAACUGUGAGCAUGACCUUGCCAGCGGAGGGCUGCACCUUGCCUUCUUUGGCGGUGAAGAGGCUGCUGACAGCUGUGUUGCAGGGCCAUCUUCAGUCGUCAUACCCCCAAUAAAGUGCACCAGGAGCUCGAAGAAAAUCAUGAAUGCACAACUCUCAGCUGUGAUGGAUAGUGCCAAGAUAUCCGAUCGUGCAGUUCAUAUACUUGCACCAGCUGCAAAAACCCUUGGUCAUGACCCCAAAGAGCUGGUGUUGAACCGCGAGUCCUUCCGGUGA